AGGACGAAAAGAAAGAGGAGGCUGAACCAGAUAGACCGUUCGAUAAGAUAUUACUAGUGGAGUCCAAGGAGACGUGUUUGCAGCUGGCGAGCAUUCCUCAAAGGUUGAUGUCACUAGCGCCGUGUCUCACUGUUGAUACGACUUGAUUGCAUGCUUGUUGAUACGACUUCUAUAUUUUUUGUGGUUAUUGUUUUUUUGGUAGAAAACCUAACGAAUUAUUUGCAGAAGAUUUGCUAGAUUAUUUUUCGAGAUAGUUUCACACAUUUGACAUUUUGGUCAGACAUAAGCCUAAAGCUCAAGUUCGACAUGUUUCCUGUUUUUUCACCAUUCAAUUUUUUUGUUGAGUUUCUAUCAACCUCUAAGUCUAGCUUAUCUGAUUGUGGUGUACUCACAUUUACGUAGUCGGGGUUGGUUCUUUCUUUUCACGAGAGGUAUCAUGUAUAAUAUUUCACAGUGAUUCAAAUCAGAUGGAAAAAUGAAGACGUGAAUGAAUUGCACGAUGCAUGUCGGGUCCUGCACAGAGGGGGGUAGCAGCAGCAGCAGCUCGCGCCCCCUUGCAGGUAGGCCCUUGCAGGUAGGCGCUCUUUUGACGUACCCCUUGCAGGUAGGCCUCAAAGGUGAUCCGAGCUCAUUCCAUUCAUCGUGCGAAGCGUUCUCGUCAUGCAUGAGAAAAUGGGAGAAGAAGAGCAGGGGUCCUCUGCAUAUAGCAGAUAACUUGAUAUGGGCGUUGAAUCAUGGUCCAGAUAGAGGUCGAAGUCCUGGCAAGGUGAAGAGCAGGCGCGACGAGAACAAAGCGUGUGACAGACGAGAUCAGCGCGACGAGGAAUGGGACGAUACCGAUCAUGAUCGUUUACUGUGGAGUAAUUCGCAACGGGCAACUAAUCACGCUGAGAUAGAAGAUCAAUGUGCAAAAAUAGAAUUGAGAGCAUCCACGGAUUCGAGUCGCAUGGAUCGACGAAGCAUACUAUCGGCAAGAAGGAGAGGCGAGGGGGAACGUCAUGAAGCAGAAGAGUCAGCACCGACGUCCGAUCAGCAGCAUCGUGCGACUCGACAGGAGCACGUCAUCAAGGCACCAAAAUUUUCCUGCAUGCACCAGCUUCCGAGGCAUAGGAGAAAGAGACCAGGAUCUUCAGUCUUUUGUAGAGGUCAUGGGGAAGAGACUCGAUUUUGCAAGCUGCAGGAGACAGAAGCAGAAGAAGAUGCGCAAACGAGAGCGGCUUUGACGGCUUCUCCCGAUCGAGUGGCGUGCGAAAGGAGAGCGGCAUCUGUAGAGAAACUACCGGGACGAGGCAGUGCUAGUACAAGUGUCUUGUCUGUUGAAAACGAAGAAAGAGUAGCUAGAAACGCAGAGCGGUUGUCAGACACGUUUCAUGAGUACUUGGCGUCGGGGCUAACGUUUUCGGAGACGGUUUUCGCGCGUUGGCCUGCAAUGCGACUCUGGACACGAUGUAGGAGAAAACGCAGAGAAAAACAAGUGGUGCGCGCGUCUUUCAUAUCGUGUGACGUCACGACCACUCCAACACGGUCGUGGACUUGCAUUAAUACGCGCGAGGACCUUGUUGAUACAACAAGGGACACCUCAACAUCACUAGUAGAGCGUGCCAAGCCUCCCUCCUCGAGAAUACAAAAGCCAAGAAAAAGUAGACCACCCCUAGGUACAAGCACCAGCUGUAGAAGGAAUUUUUGGAGUAUGCUGUUCCUUGCCAUAUUGGUGCACUUGUUCGGGCUGGAAUCCAUGCUAGAUUGGUCACCAUUAGAUGGGCGGAAGGCGUGGACGAGAAAAGCAGAUUACUACAGUAACAAUAUGAGUAGAAGACUGGGUGCUUCUUCAGAGCGUGGCUCUGUGGGCAUGAUCAGCGUCCAAAGAAAGCAACCACGGAGGAAUUGUAGUUCUCUGGGCGGCAUAGGCGACGGAGGAACACAGUCCCUUCUUAGGCAUCGUGGGGAUGAUCCAUGUAGAAGUGGUGCAUCCUCCGCGAUAGGAGAAGUAGAGGAGUGGUCGGCACGACCACCAAGAACAUCUUCUUUCUCACAUACUAGUAGAGGCACUGCUACAGGUGGGAUUUUGUUUGCACAGGCUUUCGAUAUCGUUACGGUGUCGCAUCGAGCGCAAGUGGUGCAGGUGAAUGUAGAGGAGACGUGUCCCUGCGCUGAUGUGGCUUUGCCGUGUUACGAUCAGAGCGCUGGAGAGGGAGAGCCGCAGUGCAUGGCACCGAUUUUUACAGCCUCAGAAAUCGCCGAGUCUGCCUCGAACGGUCAAACGCUACUGCGGUGUGGAACGCUGCUUGAUUUAUGAGUGGUUGCUUUGUUCUCCUGAAUUUAGCUGAUAGUAUGUCUCGUCUUGAUUUCACUAGAAUUUCGAGUCUUGAUAGAAUUGUCGAAGAACUAUAGGAGAUGGAUCUAUCUUUUCUUUGCACAUUAUUUUUCGCCUUCUAAGUCCUUGCGUAGAGGUUAAACUAGUUUCCGAGAACCAGCAGAAGAGUCUCGUUCCGAAGCAGCUGCUGGAGCGCAGUCGUCUGUCGCAGUUUCGCUUCGAGACGGCACCUGUUUUAGACAGCUACGGCAUUCCUACGACGCAGAAAAACAGGAUCGAGUACAGCCGGUGGACCUACAUAGGCUGCUUCUCGGCGCAGGUGAAAGACCUUACCGCCGAUGCGACGAGUAGUCCGCCUGCACAGGCCUACGACCCGAACGCGUGCGUGCAGACUUGUACCGGCGAAGGCGGUUUACGGCGCACCGAGUACUACGAGAUGCAGCAAAGUGUGGUGAUUGGCAUUUCAGGCCUCUCGUGUGCUUGUAUCGUGGACAAGAUGACUGUUUUCACCGAGGCGCAGGACCAGUGCGAUAUCCCCUGCUUGCCGAGCUUCUCCAACGAGCUGUGUGGCGGCACUGGCGACGCGACGUCAAACCUGUGGGGUCUCUUCAUGGAAUACGAGUACCAGUCCUACGGGAGCUCGGGGGCGUACGACUAUGACACGAAAAAGUGUACUCACCCUCAGAAGAAGAUUACAGCUAGGAUUUAUUAUAAGUACUAGGACGAGUUCACGACUAGGAAUAUUAAAGUAGCUAAUUCCACCUCGGGACGUUCGUAUGAGUACAACACUUUUUCCUGUCAUAACGACGUGUGGCGGUACAUGUGGUACACAGUGGUGGUGAUCAAGGACUCGACGAUUCGUGCGGGCCAAACGAGCGGGUUUGCCGGGAACGUCAUCAUCGAGCCAGAACGAUACUACCUGCACUGCGCGAACGAGCAGGGACAGGCGGUUUUUCAGAAUCAGAUCCGGAUUGUCGGACAGCUGCUGUAUGGUAUUGUCUAUGAUAUCACUGGAAGCCGCCUCGCUGGUUUGAGCAUGCCUAGCAACGUCGGACGUACACCGGUGAUUAUGCAGAAUACCGAUGACAAGUGGAAUUACAAGCUGACGACGAUCGAGAUCGACGAGACCGAUCCCAUGUACCCAAAGCUGACGCAAGUAGGCCACGAUCUGAACGACGAGAAUCUGCAGAGCAUUGCGGGACUCUAUCGUGCGAACAGCCAGGCUCAGGAUAAUUUGGUACUAGUAUUUUAUAACACGUUAGAACUAGUAGAAGAAACAUGAUCGACAUAACUCUAGGAGACCGUUUACUGAGUCCUCGUUGCCUUCUGGAUGAGAAACGUCUUUCUCAUCAAAUACAUCUUUUGAUUGUCUUCGAUUGCAUUUCGUUUUCUCGAUUCCUCAAUAGUUAAUGUAGACUGGUCAUUUUUCUCAACUGAUACAUCUAUUCCCUCUGUCUUCCAGGUGUUCACUGGUGUCGCUUCUAUAGUUUCACGUGCUGACGUGCGGUCGUACGCAGUGACGCAAGUAGAUAAGAACGACAGGAGGUUGGAUCGCUUCUUUGUGUUCUCGAUGGAUGAGGACCCAACAACGGGAGGCUUGGCGCGCGUGAAGCUGAUUCAUCAGCAAGCGUUAGGCUUCAAAGGUCUACAACUGUACAGCAGUACUCAGUACGGCACGAUAUCUGCGGUGGGGCCGAUCAAUGGCGACAUGAUGUACGUUGUUUUAGGUUAUCUGUUCGCAGAUUCCUCGGGCACGACGCGGUGGCACAGCUACUAUGACGAGAGUAACAAAGCGACAGGGCGGUACUGGGCACAGGGGAUGAUCCGAACGUUUCAUGUGUACCCAGGUGGUGGCGCCAGUGGACCCAAGAAUAGCACUUUUUUGUCCUAUCGAAACUACCCAGAAUCGCCGAGCGCCGCACGCCCACGACUGGAGACCGCUUACUCGGUACUUCAAGUGAACAUGUACAGCGGAAGCUACGACAAGUGGUGCCAAGUCGAGGAGUGCGAAACGGGCACGCUGCAUAGAAGUAUCGAUCCCGAAGUACCCUAUGCCAAUCUCUUCAACGCGGAGGCCGGUUUUCCACUGACGCUGUCCGCGCCAAAGAUCGAGCACGCGCGGUUCACCAUCGAGGGUCUCUUUCUGCGCGUCGUCUUCAAUAUGGAGACCACGCGUGGCGCGAUCCCGAUUGACACGGAUGGAAACCGCUUGCCGGAUCGCCUGGAUCAGACCAAGGAUCGCUCUGGAGGUGCUAAGUUUGACUGUGCAGAGGUGCUAGUUCCAGCCACGGUUGCUCUGAUCGGCGAAUUUCCCGACACGAGUUGCGUGUGGAAAGACGAUACCAACGCUGGCGGUGGCGAGACGCUAGAGGUCGAGUUUGGGCCUACUAGUACACUGCAACUAGGAGACGAAAUCGAGCUUCUGGCGGAUCGUGUCUUCGCGAAGCCCGUCUGCAGCACGCCAGGCGACUUCAACACUUGCGAAUUCUCGCCGGCCGCUGUCGGUGAGGGUGCGGUUGUGUCCUUGCCGAACCCGUUGCUUCCGCCGGUCGUGAGUGUAGUACCCAAAGACGGCACAUUUAGUUGAGGCUUGAUCAUACAAUUCAUUAUCAUUUCCAACGGUCUGUUAUUUUCUUCUGUUUUCUUCUGGGGAUUCCCUCAUUUUCAUCCUAAGUAGGUUAGUCGCUCCAAUCAGUCUCUUUCUGGGGAUUCUGCGAGAAAUGAAGAGAAGAAAUAAAUUGCUUUGUGCUCUUCUAAGUCAACAUCGACAGUUGCGGUUCUAUCACGCUGAAGGCGGAUGAGACCAAGCGCACAGGUGGAUCCGCGUCUUACGCCUGGUCACUGGACGACGCGGGUGGUACGCCCUACGUGUCGCUGAAUACGGUGAGUACGGCAAUGAACAUGACAAAAUACGCGCUUUUGCAGCAAACCAUGGCUACGACGACAGGAGGAACGCUCUACAUUUGCGUAGCGUGCAUGCCGCAAGGAUUUCGGUACCAUUAUUCUAUUAAGUUGUAUCUCAACAAUCAUAUGUUUGAUGUUCAUAAUAGAGGAUUCAUGUUCAUAAUAGAGGAUUUUUCAUCUGAAAAUUUUGAACCUUGAUGUGACUGUAGCGGCAGGAACUAAACCUCAAACAUAAGUCUAGGCUUCCCACAUGUCCCGUACUUUUUACUCCGAGUGAAUACUUGUUAUUGUUUCCGUCCCAGGUACAACAUGAAAGUAGCAGUGACCUCUCGCUGGGGUCUCACUUCGGAGCUUCAAUUCGUGGUCGAGAAAGCUGACUACCCUGCGCCGACAAUUCGUACCGGUUCGUGGUCUUCCGCGACAACGCGACAGGCAUCGCAUGGCAUUCGCAUUGAUACCGAGAUUCGUCAAUCUGAAUGCGCAGUCGGAGACCAGCAACUAGCUUGCAGCUGGGAAUGCGAGUCUCACAAUCCGGACUGGACACCCGAAGGAGUGACAACGACGAUGGAAUGUGGCAACGACGUCUUUGAGCCAGCUAAACUUUCGUUUCCAGUCUUCGGACAAACCUUGCUGAUCCCACGAUACACGUUGACGCCACCCACGUACUCGGCAGACGACAUGGCGGCUGGGAUUCAGAAGUUUCACGAAUAUCGAUUUCGCAUAGUCUGUGUGGUAGUGCAGAGUGCGACGGACGUCACAACGCAAGCGGACCAGCAGCAGGGACAGAACGCAGCGGAAACUGUCAUUAUCAGGGUGGAGCGGUACUAUGAUUUUGAAUACUCUUCAAGAUGUAGAGUUCGUGCGUAUGUCAACAUAGCAAGAACUGGUCGUAGUCUUGCAUCUUGAUUUUCGUUUUAAAUGAUUGUCCGAAUUAUAUAAAUAUAAGUUUGACUCUACAAACACAAACUACAUCUGCCAGGGCCGAACUGAAGGUGAUCAUGUUUCCUUCUGGUACUGAAUUUCCGCAAAAAGCGACGACCGCUGCUAUGAAUGCCCGAUUCACUAUGGAUCCCGAUCGAGAAGAGGUUUAUUCUUGCUUGAUCGAUCCUGGUAGUUUAGCGUGUUCAACCUUACCGGAUUUUGGCGAGACGGGUAGCUACACUUUUCAGUGCUGGAAGGUUACUCCUGCCAUCAUUGCGGCACAGCAGGCGCAACCCUCAGACGUGCCAGAUGGCGCAACUCUGUGUCCUGGCGACAAUUUUCUGGUGAAGGACACGAACAGCGUGUGCGAAUCCGGCACGGAGGUGCCGGACUCGGCGACGUGCGAGCAAGCGGCAACGGAGUGUGGCCCUUACACGUGGAGCAGUGAGGAUCCAAACAGCAACAGCGAAAUCGGUGGUUGUUACUACCGCACAGCAGAAAACGACGUUCAGUACAACGGCUUCGGCAUCCUGACGCAGGCAGCUUCUGGUCUAGCCGACAGACGAUUAAGACUUGAAGCAUUUCAUAUUUGUACGCUGUAUUGGACAUCACAUUUGAAGGAGAAAUGUGUCAAAUAUGUGAGACAAAUAUGAAUUCUUUCAACCUUCAAGACGACCGAUCUGCUUCUACAUUCCGACGACGAUGAUCACGACGACCACAGUGAUGGGCACGACCCAGGUGACCUCGACCGGGACGGUGAUGUCACCGUGUUUUACGUUGCAGCUAGGUCCGAAUGCCAGUCCGAACGGUGUGUACCAAACCCUGACCAAUGGGAAUAUCGAUAAUUGGAAGCUGCGAGACUACAAACUCGAAGACAUUUGCACACAGAAAGGCGGUGAAAACGUCGCGAAAUUGGAUAUCGGGUACUACUACUUCUACUACUUACACUAUCACGUGGAGAACUCCACAAUUUAAAUGAUAGAUGGUAGUACAGAGAAUUGGAACGCCUGAAAAUAUCAGGUACAACUACCUGAUUAACCAAGUGACGUUUCGUGGUGGUGAUCCUGACGCCGUGCCGCCGGUUCUGCCGGACUGCUACUGCUACUAUUCUGAGGGUCUUUUGCUGAUUGAUACGUCGAAGAUGAUGCUCACCACUGGGGACGAGUACUACACGUUCCAAGUGACCGCCAGCCACGACGAUGGUCGCUCUGGCAGCGCGAGUGCUGAUAUCGACGUCGUUGAUCGACCGGUGCUGCAAGUUUUUUUGCGUGAGGAUCGCUGGGAUCCAGCCUUGGCGCAGUUGCCAUUGACAAGUGUUUACACGGAUGUGGUCUUGGAGGGCACAACGAGCAAAGACCCGCAAUUCGAAGGGGCACUAGAAAGCUACAGAUGGGAAAUCUUUAAAAAGCAGAGCGGAGGCAACGAAUUCGUCACGGAGUGGAAGAACGAAACAAGCAGUUUCACGUAUUCAUUUUGACAACUUAGUAGGACGUAGAGAAGAAAGCGCCCGACGGAUUCAUGAUGGUCUAGACGAGAGUGAAAAUGGGAAAGCAGAAGUUUGAAUUUGAGGUUUAAACCCCUCCUGUUAGCUUUUUGUUCUCUUCGAUGAAUGUAUCUAUAGCACGAGGAGCCUAUUACUGUCACUCGUGUUUUCAUGACCAUCAUGAAUCUCAUACUCAGGUGGAAUGAUCCCAACAUAAUCGAGUGGGACCCGACACGCACUAGCCGACUCAUUUUCCACCUCGAUCCCACGUCCUCUGAGCGGCCACUCUCGACACAGUUGCAGAAGAGCACCAGUUAUAAGAUCGUGCUACACGUUACUGCUCAAGUUACUGCUGGGCAAUACGCGGGAACGUACUUCGGCAAAGCGCAAAAGAUUAUCCACACUGCGCCAGGGCCCCCAAUUCGUGGAGGCUUUACGGUGAUGCCAGACCAGUACACCUUUCCCGACGACUUGCUGACGAGUGCUGACUUUGGAAGGAUAGUGCACUCAAGGUAACUUAGUUGCUCUCGCUUAGGGUUUGACGAGCACAAGAACUUCUAGUUUUUCAUUUUAUGUGGACUUCGUUUUUACCGUUACAGCAAUUACUAUCAAAUAAAUGCUUGUCGUACAUGAUCUACAUCCAUGACAAAAAAAGCAAAUGAAGUACCCUCCAUUGUUUCAUGCGCAUCUACUAUGUCUACUUCCCAAAUUCAGCGUAAUGACGUACGAGUUUGAUGCGCCGCAGUGGCGAGCAGAUUCAUCUGGAGGAACUAGUACGAUGGACGCCGAUUUAACGUACUCCUUCGGCUUCACGCCUGUGUCAAAGGAUGGCGUUGCAAGCGCAACAAUCUGGCAAACCGAAGAUCAAUCAAGUACUACUUUAUAAUCAGAGUUUCUACCGCUACAGCUAUUCAGUUCUCCCGCAGUUUGUAGAAGUUGUGAACGACGAAAUAGAAUUAUGAUGGAUUAAGUACUUUAAGUGGACUAUUUCCAUCUCCAUGCAGGAGUUCCACAACUUUAUUCACUUAGCCCUCAGAAGACUCAAGAACAUUACCAAUGAGUUCAGUGAGUACUUGUUCACAACGUGUCAAACAUUCCUUGGCAUCAGGUACACACUUCGAGAUCUCAGCGCACCAGAUCACGUACGAUGGACAGGAGACGCUGAUCGCGAAUCUGAAGGUUUGUACCGUGUACAAGGUCUGCGCCAGCUCUGAGGCCACUCUGUCCAUGAAUUUCAACGAUGAGGCUACCUAUGAGGAGAUCAAAUACGCACUCUUAUUAAGGCUUGAGGAAAUCCAUCUUCGUCUUCCCCAACGAGCAUCUGCGGCCUGUUCUUCAAGGGCCUACAGGGAGCACUGAAAUGUUCACUAAGUUGGAUUUCGGCUAGUUCUAACUCAAGGCGAUGGCGAAAGCGCGAUCGACCCCCAGCGCGUUGUCGCUGCCCAAAUCACAGCGGACGGUAUUCAGAACAAGCUGACAGCGGACCAAUACGAUGAACUGCAAACGGAUUUUCGAAACUCAGUGAAAAGGUUUGACUAUGGUGGGAUGGACCAAGCCGAAUUAGGGUCUGCCUUGCAAGCAACCUCAGGCGCAGCUGGGAGCUUGCAGGAUAUCGACGAUACCAGCACAAAAAACGCGGAAAUCAGCGAUCUGUUGGAUGCAAUGGGGAAUGGACUGGUAUAUUUCAAUUAUAGAAGUCGAGAAGCAAGUCGUCGUGAGGAAUUUCUUGUUGAUAUUCUUCUGAUUCCUCUUCCUCUUCCUACACCUACUGUAGGAAAUCCUGUUUCAGCUAAUAAAAGUGUUCAUAUCGUCCUCCCGUGGUCUAUAUCAAUAAUUUCGUUUUCAACCUCCAGUACCAGAAUGAUCUUUAUUCCAACCACGCACCAGGAUGCUUUUUUGACCGAGCCAACCGCCGACGGCGCCAGCGCGAUCUUCAGUGCGUUCUCGAGUGUUAUUGCAGGUACUUUGGGCCAGAGUGCGAACGCCGGAACAGGACGACGACUUGAGGUAGUCAAGCUUCUUGCAGAUUAUGAGGUAGAAUUCGGCGAGGACAUUCUUGAGACGUUAGAAAACGCUGUCUCUCGAGAGGAGGAAGAAACGCGGCGCAAGCUGGCAGUAGAGACCGAACACGCUGCUGAGCGAGUCCGUGCUGAAGCGGAGGGACACGAAGCAAGUCACGUUAUUGUCGAAGAACAGAAUCCUCAUGCAGUAGACCAUGACCACUCAACAGAGGGCGGCGAAGAAGAAGACCCCAACGCGGUUCGGACCGAGAGUAUUCGAGAGUUACAGGCGGAACUCGGGAAUGUGCUUACGCCUACGGAGAUUGCGGACCUCUUCGGCGGACAAAAAGGAGUUUCGAGGGAGAUUUUCGUCGAGAAAGCGGGCCAAAAAGGAACAGGAUCCAUCGAGCGGGGGCCUCCUACUACGGGAUCGGGAGCUACAACUACUUCAUCUUCUAGUGCUAGUUCUUCCUACCUGCGACAAGAAAAGCGUAUGAGCGAGAAAUACGGGCGUCGAUAUUCGAGACGCGAGUUCGAGAAGCGCUUGCGUAUUCUGAAACGCUUGGACAGCCUGAACUACUACAUUCCAGCGUCCGUGGCUGGCGGCGCGAUGCUAGGCAGAAAAGUCUGGGAGAAGUUUCGCAAAACAGGGCCGUCGCUCUACGGCGGAGUGCCGGGAUCCUAUCUGGUCUCGAGUUCGCAGAUGCUGGCCUUGGAUCGCAAAGAGCGGGUUCUAGGCGAGUUCGGGUCGCCUCUUGUGACUCACCGGCCGCGAAGGCGAAAAGGGGAAAACCACGAACAUCCGGGACCUAGAAACCUGCUAGUGGAGAUAAAGCCCGAGUACAUGAAAGAAUGGAGACGACUCGACGCCACGCGCAGGCUCGAGGGGCAGCAGACUGCUGGAGGUACGAUACCGCUCAAUCCAACAGGGCGCCAUCGUGCAGACCAGCACUCUCGUAGUACAACAAUGUCCAGCACCAGCUCAACGAGAUGCGAGUUUUGUGGCGUGUAUCAUACGCCGUUCGCCCUCACGGACUCCAUCACAGGCGAGUACAAGCCCUACUCCGCGUACGACGAGAGAGACAUGAAAUACCUGUUGGAGAAGCGUGCAAGAGGUGGCUCGUCUUUGCAGAAGAACAAGGGGACGCCAAGCGGAGUGUUCACGAUUACGUGGAAUCGCACUCAUUCGCUGUACCAAGUCGUGGACGUGAAAAGACGGAAAAUCGUCGCACAAACAACGAACACCAUGUUAUGGCAUCCCCUGAUCCAUUUUCCGAAGCAUAUUGGAGACGUUUUCAGGGGAAAAAAGUCUCCGGAUGGACUUGGAGAUGGAUUAGGGUGAGCUCUAACCAUGGCAACGCGGGACGGUCGCAGAGUUAGGUUAUUGAGUCACGAGGAACGGCUGCGGCAACUUCUAGGUGAGAACGGGGCCGCAACGGAGACGGACGCAACGACGCCAGGUGCUUCAUCUAGUAGUCCACUAGAGUCUCUGCUGUCGCUAUUUGGUCAUCGCGCAAGCGAGCAGGAAGACGCGAGCGGAGCACAGCAGCGCAGUCUCUCUGCAACGGGGAUACCAUCAGAGGGGAGCUCGGCGACAUCAUCAAUGGGACAUGAGACUACGGAGCAAGACAUUGCGGCACAACAACGCCGGGCUGUCGCAGCCGUCGCUGGAGUUGCACAUCAGGAGGUUGUACACCGAGCGACAGGUCAUGAUGUUCCUAUCUUGCUCGGUAAGCCAGAAGCGCUGGAGUGGUACCCAAAUUUUGUUCGCGUGAAAGCCGUUCCGACCGUGAUUCACGGCUGCCCGUCGUCCUUCUGCGACGACGUCGGCCUCUUGUGCUUGACGGCGUCGGAUCGCGCGCGCGACGUUGGUGGUCCGCUCUUCGGCAAGGAGCGAGCCAGGUGGCAAUGCUGCGACCGUGCCAAUAGCGAGACGCUCUGCAAUCGACCGCCCUGCUGGUUUCGGCAAAAAUGCCCGUUGCCGGAGGACGAAGUACGCGCACAGUUCGACAGGAAGCAGGGACAGCAGUUGCGACGCCUUCGCAUGGAUGUGGACCGUCAGCGUAGUCAGCGCCGCUUGCAGCAGUCCUCGUCAACGGAUUCCAGUACUAGUCAGCGCCUUGGCCUAGGUGGACCGGACCAGCGGUUGUCGGGUUCUUCGGUGAGCCGCGUCCUAGAAGCCCGCGAGGCUCGCAUGCGUCGGCUCGAGGACGCGUUGUUUGCACAGGAGUACCAGCAGCACGAGCUCGCCCGCUGCAGCGUGGAGGACACCUGGUUUCGACGCUGGAUGAGUGACGAAUUCGAGAGGAACACUACUGUGGGCCGCAUGUCGCAACGGCUGAACUGGACCGAGAGCACCGCGCCCUUCUCGUUUGCGGACCGCGCGCGCGCCUACGAACUGUACCACCGCAACCCGUUCAGGCAGCUGCAGAUGGCUAACGCUCUCGUCGUGGAUCCAAGCGUUUCGGAUGAAGAAGCGCGAAUCGCGUUCGUGGAAAAACACGAACAGCCGCUACUGCGCGACGCACGGCGCAUCAACCUGCAGAACGAGCUGGCAUUGGCGUCGGGGGUGCUAGUAGACGCCAAGCGCGAAAUCGAGUACGAGAGUUUUGAUCCUAUGACGGCCGCGCAGCUGAAAAACGACGAUGCAUUGAAGUUGCAGGCGCAGAGACGGAUUGAGAUGGACACGAGGCGGAACAUUUCCCAGGCGUUGACGCGAUUGAGCAUCUUUCGAGAUCGGACAGUGCGUAGCCUGAUUCCCACGCUAGUCACGAACGCGCGCUCUCCUCUGAGCUACGACAUGGAUAUGUUCGUCAUGGACAUCGGGAAAGUGACCAACAUGAGUGCCGUUACAACCGCCUUCCAGUUUCCGUCCGAGUUCAUCGUGCCUCCAGAUUCCCCCGAUGAGCCUACGCUGACGAACCCAGUGACCGCUUUAGCGUACCAGUUCAUUCGCUACAAGACGAACAUCUACUACUGGAGUCCCUCGAACCCAGCGAGUCAGGAGAGCGCAGUGAUCACUCUCCUGAUGUUCUACGCGAGCGCAGAGGAGUAUCCAGUGUGCAUGGAAGGGCCAGGCUGUAACCCUGGGUCAGACCCUAUUCGCGUUUUUGCCGAUUACCACGUGUAUUCUAGUGGCCAGUGUCUCAUCUGGGAUCGCUUCUACCCGGACACGGCGGGCGGCGCCUGGAACGGUCGCGACAUCAUCAACGACGGCAAUGGCUGUCUCACGUUGUCGCUGGGAGACAUCGGAUUUUUCAUCGACGGACGGCCCUCGCACAUCCUCUCGCUCACAGAAGCGCCGAUCUUCAACCGCAGCACCUUGGUGUCGAAUACGAAGCUGGCGCCCUUCGCGAUUCUGAUCAUGUUGCUGACCGUAAACUGGAUCCUAGUUUUUCUUGGGUAUAAGCAGGACGAGCGAAUCCGCAUCGACCAGCGCAUGGGCAAGCUGCCGUACAUGAAUUACAACCUUGACGGUGACGGCAUUCACACGCCGUUGACCACUGAAGACCCGAUUUCUUACAAGCACGCGGAGGACCGCAACCAGCUGCUGGUGAACACGUUCUGGAACGUGCUGAAGCGCGAACACGUGUGGUUGGCGCCGCUGUUCUACCACGAGACUUUCACGCGCCCGCAGCGGCUGCUCUGCAUGAUGGCGUUGAUUCAGGGCUUAUUAGCUUUGAAUGCGGCUGUGUAUGGCAAUCCGAUGACAGUGAUGAGCUCGGACCACGUCGUCGUAGCGGGAAUACUGAGCGCGCUUUUGAUGUUUCCAGUGUAUUGCGUUUUGCUCAUGCUCUUCGGGCAAAGGCCGCAGCAGGUGAAACGACGCAUGAUCAAACGGCGGGCGAUGAAUCGCGAUCUAGACUUGAUCAACAAAGAGAAAGAGCGCUUGAUUGCGCAGAGCUCAAUGUUGCCACCGCACGCACUGACUGGAGGGCCGAACCAGCUGCCGGUCGGAGGUCUCGCGCGACAAAACGAGUCCUUGAGCUUGUUGGCGCUGCCACCACCGAUUGCAGCUGCUCCCGGCACAGCUGCGGCUGCGGUCGGCGGCGGCUACGGCGGCGUACGUGGGCAAUUGGCGCUGCCGGGACCCGCUGGCGGCAUGAAUCCACCGGCACCCAAGUAUCCACCACCGCCAGGCUACGCGAAGGCGUUGCCGCCACCACAGGACCUGCUCCCGCCGAUCUACUUCGGGAAAGCCGGCAUGCCCCAGCUUCCUGCACUCCCGUCGUUCGAUCCACAGCCCAAAGCCCGGACGCCGCCGCAGAGCGCGACCGCGCCGGGUGGGUUUUAUGGCGGGCAGCAGGCGCUAAUGGCGUCCAGCAACAUCGAAGGUGCGCACCAGGGACACGGCGGUGGGACCCCGCUCGGCGGGAUGAGAGCGAUCAGUCCGCGCGUGGCGAGUCAGCCUCCGCCACCCGCAUUCUUGACCGGUGGAACGCCUACUCCGUCUCCGCCAGAUGGAAGCCCAGCGUCGGGACUGUCCACGAUGAGAUCGACCACAGGGGGCGGCGGGCCGCUGCCACCACCGCCCGUGACUCGUCCGCCUGCAGGCCCGCCAGGGAAGCCGUCAGGCAUACCACCACGACCUCCGCGAAGCUUCGAAGGCUCACACAACACAUGUGACGCGUGCUCCUCAUCGCCAACCACAUCUGAAGCAUCUUCGAGUGGAGGACCGUUGGCGUCUUCUAUAAACAUGAUUGGUGGUUCCGAUGUUCGUGUUACUUCUACGAGUAGGCAGGUGGACGCGCGUUCAGCCACAUCAGACAAUCAGCGGAUCUUCACGUCGUCAGAGCGGAGUCAGAUCAGGGGCACUACUAGCAGAGAGAGUCAUAAAAUGGUCCAUGAUCAUAGUCUGAAUAUCGAGAGCGACGAUGAUGACGCUUUUCUCAGCAGCGAUGACACAGUGAGGAACGAUCAUGAUAGACCAUCAUAUCUCGGGAACACGAGAAGUUCGAGGAUAAAUCGAAGCCACCAGCAGGACCUCGAGGGAGGCACGUCACGUGGAAGUGCUGUCCGCGCGCCGCGACCAAAUCGGCGGACCCGCAGCCCCCGGACUGACCAGCAUGAAACAGCUUCAGCGGACGAGUCGGCCCAGAGAACAACUCAUCGACACCAGCACCGUCGGAGGAUAUCAAACGUAGAUGUUGACGAGAUAGAAUUUGAGAUAGACCAGAUAGGAGAAGAUCAGCAAGAUUCACAGGAGAAUGAGUCGGGCACCUACGACGCGCAAGAACAGCUCGCUUGGGAUCUUGAUGAGGAAAUGGUGGAUCACGAUCACCCUUCGAACAAUCAGAUGAUGGUUGACCGUGAGGAAACUGAAGGUCCAGGGUGGACGUCAGCAGUUUUUAAAGAAGGGGAGCACGAAAUGCCACCGCCGCCCCCGCCGUCAGGUAGUUUAGGAAAGACUGAAUGCUAGAGUAGUAGUUUUACUACAUGUUGCCCAUAAAAAUUAUGAGGAUUCAUUGAAGAGAUUAAUUAUGUAAAAAAAUCAGCUUGACAGCUUGUAGUUCUCACUGCACGAAGGAACUCACGAAGGAGAGAGUUCACAAGUGCAUCAACACUGUUUAUCCAGGUCCUCCUGGCGCGAGUAGUGGAUUCGAUGCUAGGCCUCCACCACCGCCACGGCCUCCGAAUCUGAAUUUGUCUGGCAUGCCACCUUCUAGUAGCGGCUUUGGAAAUUUCGAGCCCAAAACACCUUCGAUGCCGCCGCCAAGCACCCGCGGCUUUAUGCCAGCAACACCGAAGGGGAUGCCACCGGUGAUUCCGUUUGGGACCAUGCGCCCGGACACUUUGAUACAGCGUGGUCAGCCACCUGCGUUUCAUCCCGCGCCCUUCAAAAUGCCUCCGCCUCCAGGCAUGGCCGGAGCUCGUCCAGGACCACCGCCUCCCGGACCAGCGGCACCGGGUACAGGCUACGAGUUAGCGCUCCUCGGUUCUACUACAGGUGGUGACGGAGGUGGCUUUCCGGGACUACCUGGUAGCUUCGCGCCAGGAAUGCCGCCCGGCCUGCCAGGUAACUAUAAUUUUUUAGGUUAACAACUUUGUGUUGAGGUCAAUAGUUUACAGCUUCUCUCGUUGUUCUAGCGAGACGAGGUGCUCUACUCCCUUUUUACUUUUAUUUAAUUUGUGGUAGUUGUAAACGAGGGCUGCAGAGAUGAGAAUACCUAGUUAAUAGGAAGAAAUGUUGAAUUUCCUUCAGGCCCAAUGAGUGCUGGUGUGCCGCUGCCGCCGCCUCCACCGAGAGAAGACGACAGCGCGUUUGUGCGCCGCGUGCGGCUGAUUUACAUGGACCGCGUGAUGCGUGAACACCAGAAACAGGAGUUGCUAGAAGUGGAAGCUGUCGGUCGACCAGUUCCGAACUGGGUUUUCAACCUUUCCACUGUGAUGCCGUACGUUACGACGGCCACGUUCGUUCUAGGCUGUAUUUGCGUCAUUUUGAUCUACAGUCUGAAGUUCGAUAGCGUCCAAGAGAGCCAUUGGUACCAAGCGUCUCUUGUGGGGCUGAUGAUGGUCGUUUUCCUGUUGGACAUCAUUCGGGCAGCAGUGAUUACGGUAGUGGAAUUGCGGAAGUUCGAGAUCCGCAAGCGAAGUCGUGCGGGGGACUUUGUGGUGAGAAAAGUCCAGAAGCAGGAUCCGGACGGACUGCCUUCCGUUCUAAAGCCUAAGCCGAAGCAUCGACCCAUGUCGACUCCAGCAGUGCCGAAAGUAGCGCCGAAGUUCAACAACAUGGAACGACCGAGAUUCCUGCCAGAACCAGGCGCACCAGAACUCAUGAUGGGAGGAACCUAUGGUAUUUAGAAUCUUUGACUGCACUCUAUUUCGCCAUGGCCUUUCAUCAUGCUCCUUCUAGUUCUAUUUUCGCAAUGAAGUAGAAGUUCUAACGAGAACGUUUUUCUAGUGACCAAAUUUUCCAGUAGUAGAUCUUGUUUUUCGUCGUCCCAUAUGAAGGGGAGAGUAUCCUCAAUUUUGUAUUUUUUUUUUGACCCAUUUUUUGCUUUGAAUCUCGGCCCUAAAUACUAUGCGGGACUAUGUCCAAAUUUCCAAUUUUCGCUUCUUUUGUGCUUCCCCGACUGCAGAAGGGGAGGACUCACAAAUUUAUAGAAUAAGCUUCUUUUGUGCUUCCCCAAAUGCGUGGGGAGAGCCUGCUCAAAUUUGUAUUCUGGGCUUCUUUUGUGCUUUGGAUCUCUCCUGAUUUCUACUGAAAAAUGAAUACUGACUACUACUGAAAAAAUAUUACAGAUUUGUACCAAAAAACUACCACUUUGCUACAGCAAUCGCAUUUUACAACUACUCUAUCAGAAUCCUCUUUCCGAUCUGGUCCGGUCGGAGCUCCGCCACCAGCACCGAUGUUACCUCCGCCAGGAACGCCAGGUCGCAGGACGCCGCCACCGGCUGCACCGCCAGGAGCGCGCACGCCGCCCGCUCCGGGAACGCCGGUACGUCGCACGCCACCAGGGGGACGCGGGCCAGCUAAUAUACCCUUUGGACAGUUAAGGCCAUUUGAUUAGAAGACUUUUAGAGCAGCCAUAAGAAGUAGCCUUGCAACAUUUUAGAGCGAGGACCUCUACUCUUUCUUUGGGAAUAUGUAUCUCGACUCUUUCUCAGCACUGGAGAAAGAAGGUGCACCAGCACAACAAAGUAGACGCUUUUUAAGAUAAAUUUGAGAAAAAGAAGAGGGAUUAUAAUAAAUAUGGGAUUUCUAUUCUACUUGUACUAUGACCUCUUUCUCUACUUGCUUCUAACAAGAGCUUCUCCUGCUGGUCGCAUGCCCGGCGGUGCAUUUAAUGGCGAAACAAGUCCUGCGCAAUCGGUUAGAAGCAAUUUGAGCCAGACCUUGGCGGAUCGACGGGCACAGAGUGGAACGGGACCAAUGCCGCCAAUGAGCCGGCCACCAGCCCCGCCACCGCAGACACGAAGUCCGCGUGUGACUACGCCGCUAGCUGGACAGCGAGGUUCUCCGACUCCUAAUCGGACGCCACCGCGGACUCCACCGGGGGCGCAAUAGUUGUAACUACGUUGGCACGCCGUGCUAGGGCUGAAAGAUGAUUUUCUAUAUUGUAGUGUCAAUUUGUUCUGCACUACAAAUUCUUCUUGCUCCUGCAUAGAAGAAUUCAUCAUUAGAAAAGUAGUUUAAACGUAGACUAUUGAAUAUUUCAUUACGAAGAGGAAGAUAGGCAUCUUCGUACGUAGCAAUUGACGAUUUAAUGAAUAUGAUUGAACCAAGAAUUAUAGCAAUAUUAACCGACGAUCAGCUAUCCGUCAGAGUAUCUUCAGUUUGGUAGCGCAGUGGAAUAUACUUAUGUGAACCUUCGUCCAGAUCAAGAGGUCAUAGACAUAGUAUGGCAGACAGAAAUCUUAUGCUUUCGCUGCUUGAGACUCCUUAUGCCUCGUCUGGUUUAGAAUUAGAACUUCUAACUUUUCUUGGAAGAAGGUUCUAGAUUAUAAGUUGUGGCUCGUUUAGAAGUCAACACAGAGGAGUCAAGUGGCUGAGUCGUGCAUAGCGACAAUAAUCAUAAUGCAAUCACAAGAAAAUAGAUAUAGAAUAUAAAAAUAUCGUUUAGUUGUAGUUUCCGUACUUCUCAAUCAUGCAAGAUGAAAUAUCUAAUUCCUUUUUCUUUUCUGUGCAUCGAUUUGACAAAUAUAGAUGGCUUUAAAAGUGAAAAUAUUUGGAAGAAGAACGCGACAGUGUCGCGGCUGGUCGUCUGAUGCCAGUGAAGCAGUAGUAAUACCUUUUUAUAUUGAAGAUCUAUGUGUCUGGCUGGUGCAUCUAUUAGAGUUGUUAUUUUUUUGUUGAAACGGAGCGAGAAGCAACGUACAAAAUUAUGUUUUCAUUCUGAAAUUUAGUUACGUGACAUUGCUUAUAUCGAAACAAAAACAAUGAAGGCCUUUCUCGGCAAAGAAGAGGGAGGUCAGUUUUCUAAUUGAAAGUUGAACCGUCGACUUAGAAGACAAUCAAUGAAUCGUCGCAAAAGUCAGAAAUUAGAUCUAGUAGGUCGUUACUUUUACUACAGGCGGUAAGUGUAAGAUUACUUGUCAUUUGCAAGAAUGAAUAACUCGGAACAGGCAUAGAUACGUUGUUCUGAUGGAUUUUUCUUAUUGAUGCAGAACAGCAUGAGGAUAAAGAAAUCAAAAAUGAUUUUCGAGGAUCAGGAUUGUAGUCGGUAGAAAACGCCUCGCACAGGAGCCUCAGACGCAGAUACUCUUCGGCACUAGAAUGUGUUUUGUGAGGUACCGGCUCAGACAGAGAAGUCAAG